UCAAUCCUCAUGAAAAGCGCGACACAACCGCGGACAUUCUAGCUUCCAUUGGAGAGUGCGAGACGGGGAGACGGCGCGAUGGAGAUGCUGGUCGCCGCUCUUGAAGCAGCUGCGUCAGGCAGUAUGGCCAAAGAAGCAGAAACGUACCUGCAACAAGCGGAAACACAGUUCCCUGGCUUCUAUCCAUCUCUACAACGCAUCUACCUUGGUCAGCAUAUGACAGCUGUCAGUGAGCCUGCGCGCAUCCUAGCUGCCAUUACGCUCAAAAACGGAAUGGAGCGGUAUUGGCGACGUUCAGCGAAACAUGCCUUGUCGGCAGAGGAUAAGCAGCAAAUUAAAAGUGCACUGCUGCAAGGUUGUAGACAAGACAUUCCUGCGCUUGUAUCAACGCAGAAUGCUGUUGUUGUUGGACGUAUUGCGCGUCAAGAGUUUCCUAAUGACUGGCCAAACCUGUUUGAAGACUUGUUGCAGGCAAUCAUGGCGGUCCAGCAUGAAGAAGACGCAUUGAUUCGGCAUCUACGUGUGCUCAACCAGGUGGUCAAGGCGUUGUCGUCUGUUCGCAUGACUCGGCAAAGAGACGCCUUCCAACGUGCCGUGCCACCUGUUCUGUCGUGCAUCACGCAGGCCUAUGAAGCAACAACAGCCAAUUGGCUCAGGAACGGCGAAAAUGCUGCCAUGCCAUCAGAUCAUACCUUGCUCAUUGCUGAUCUGGCACUCAAGAUUGCACGAAGACUUGUGUGUCAUGGCUAUGAGCACCCUUACACGGACGAUACGUGUCGCCACUUCUUCUCACUCGCCGCAUCACAUAUUGAUCCGUUGUGGCAACUUGUUGCUGUGCUGAAUGAAGAAGACACCUCUCCCUCUGCACAACGUCUUCGCAGCCACCUCGUCCAUGCUGGCAAGUUCUUCCUGGAGCUGAGCAGCAGUUCAAUGGAAAGCUAUGCCAUGAACUACGCCUACGUCCUCAUGCCAGGCUCGAUGCAGCUCGUCAAGACAUACUGGUCGAUGGUCGUCUCCGCUGCCGACUCACCACAUACCACCAUUCGUAAAGUGGUUGUACAGGGACUCAUCCUCAUCAAACAAAGCGUCAAGCUCGUUGCUAUGCCCAAAACAAACCUACGCGUCAUGCGCGGCAAGGAGAGUGCAGAUCUACAAGCAGCGCUGCAUAUGCUCGAAACGGACUUGUUUGCACCGUCGAGUCUGGGUGGUAUUUUCGAAGCGCUCGUCACACGCUUCUUGCUCUUGCGAAGGGAAGACCUCGAGCACUGGGAAGCGGAUCCUGAAGAAUGGCUUGCGUUGCAGGAAGAAGGACACUGGCAAUUCGAAGUACGACCAUGUGCAGAAAAGGUGUUGCUUGACUUUUUCGGAUCUUUCAAAACACAGCUGCGCGAGCCACUCAUGCAGGUCUUGCAGCAGACUGCAGGUGCUCAACAAGGUGACGCAUUGCUCAUGAAGGAAGCUCUUUACAAUGCGCUUGGUAUCGCCGCGCCGCAUUUGUAUGAUCAUUUUGAUUUUGAUGGGUUCUUGCCUGUGCUUGAGGGAGAGUGUGCGGACCCAGUGCGAGCUCCAAUCUUCAAACGACGUAUUCUUGUGCUCAUUUCGCAAUGGGUCACGGUGCAGUGUAAGGCAAGCAGUAGACCGAGCCUGUACCGCAUGAUUGGUAGCCAACUCGAUGCUGCUGACCCCUGCUUAGCACUCGCUGCUGCGUUUGCAGUUCAGCCAGUCACGGAGGAAUGGGAUUUCGCUGUGGAAGCAUUCUUACCCUUCAGCAAGCAUUUUGUCUUGGGUCUGCUCAAGAUUUUGGCAGAGCAUGUUGAGCAAGCAGAGUCAAAGAUGAAGAUUCUCACUAGUCUCGGCAUCUUGUGUGAGCGCACUGGCACGCACCUUGGUGCUGAAGAGUUGGAUGCGUUACUAGCGCAAAUCCCUCAAGAAUGGAACAAACUGACAACGGGUAAUGAACAUCUCGUCAAGGUUGCCUUGCUGGGAUUAUUGAGUCGUCUUGUGCUUUCAUUGAGGGGACGUUCUGCUUUGUGUUAUCCACUUGUGCUGCCAUUGAUUCAAUACUCAACGGAUCCGACGAACUUCGAGCAUGUCUAUCUCAUGGAGGAGUCGCUUGAGCUCUGGCAUGCUACAUUGCAAAACGCAACAGAGCCUCGCCCGGAAUUGCUGCAAUUAUUCCCCAUUGCCCUGACAGCAUUGCCGCAAGCAGGCGAAAAUCUGAAGAAGAUCCUCUAUAUCAUCGAAUCGAGCAUCUUGCUACUCGGUGAUGGGCUCGCACAAGCCGGGUAUGCUGGACAACUGGCAGAGUCCAUGAUAUCACAGCUUCCAGGACUAAAAGCGGAUGCGCUGAGUCAUUUCUGCCGAGUUCUUGGCCUUGGUGCGCAAGUGUGGACCCCGGCCUAUCUUUCGGAUGCACUCAUUAUUCAGCUAACAAGACUCUGCAUUGCAGCGCCGCAAAGGGGAGACAAUCUCAUCACCGUUUGCUAUCUUUGUCUCAUCUCACAACUUGUGCUUGCUGAGCCACGACGACUGACUCAAUCCUGGUCCUCCUCAGGCGAGCCACUUCUACAGCAAUUUGUGCAGUGCCUCUUUGAGCACUUUGACAAUAUCGGACAUCCAAAGUACCGUAAGCAAGGAUGCAUGGCCCUCACCUGUUUGCUUCAAAGUGGCGACCGUCAUUUUUCCGACCCUACCGUUGUUGCCCAAGUCGGGAAUGUAUGGGAGGACGUCUUGGCAGAGUGUCAAGCGAAUGGCGAUGACUUGGUGUAUUGGGUAGAAGACGCCAAUUUUGUGGAGGAUUUGGCGGAAGAGGCACCGGAGAUGGAGAGGAGGAAGGCGGUCUCUGCUGCGCAAGCUGUGUGUCAGGUGCGUCUCAAGGAGUACAUCAGGCAGUCUUUGCCUCUUGUGGAUGCUUCUCUAUUGGGUGCGUCUUUGAACGGGCUAUUGCAGUAGGUUGAGUAAUAUGAGUGGAGCACUGAAGGAUAUCGGAUAUCAUGCAUACUAAGGUCUGUCUAUACCUACCAUGCCUAUACUGUGCUCCGAGUGUAGACCACUCGGCCAUGACCAUGUGCCCUUCAACCUCGCACAGUCAUAUUCCGAUGGUAUUGAAGACAAGACUGACGGAGGGAUUCGGAUGCGUGGCAAACAGGAGGCCAAACAUGAGGGCUAGUUUGAGUCUGGCGAACGACUCGGCCAUGACUGUGGCGAACAAGCUCAGUUGCUAGAAGUCAGACCGCAGCAGUUGAAUGAAGGUCAACGAUAUGCUUACAAUUGCAUCAUCGAAGGCAUCGACAACAAAAACUGUCUCUCUUUCUUUGUAACAGGGCCAGGUGGUACUGGGAAGACAUUUCUUUAGAAGCAUGUCACUACCGUGCAAAAGGUGAAAUAACUCUUUGCGUUGCCUGCUCU